UCCGCCACCCCCCGUUCCUGCGCCAGGGGACGCCUGACCCCGUCGGGCCUGCGAAGCGCACUCCGCCGCCUGGGCCGGACUUCGGCCAGUCGCGACCUGAGGCUUCCCGGCUCCACGUCCAGAGGGCAGCCGCGUGCAACCGGGAUGGUGACGGUGAUCCUGCAGCCCGCGGGCCGCUGCAGCUGGGACGAGCCCGUGCGCAUCGCCGUGCGCGGCCUGGCCCCGCGACAGCCCGUCACGCUGCGCGCGUCCCUGCGCGACGAGAAGGGCGCGCUCUUCCGGGCCCACGCGCGGUACCAAGCCGACGCCGGCGGCCUCCUGGACCUGGCGCGCGCGCCCGCGCUGGGCGGCAGCUUCGUGGGACUCGAGCCCAUGGGGCUGCUCUGGGCCCUGGAGCCGGAUAAGCCGUUUUGGCGGUUUGUGAAGCGGGACGUGCAGACGCCCUUCGUCGUGGAGCUGGAGGUGCUCGACGGCCACAAGCCGGACGCCGGGCGCGUCCUGGGCCGGGCGGUGCACGAGCGCAACUUCGUGCGGCCGGGCGUGCGGCGGGAGCCGGUGCGCGCGGGCCGGGUGCGCGCCACGCUCUUCUUGCCCCCUGGACCUGGACCUUUCCCGGGGAUCAUUGACAUCUUUGGAAUUGGAGGGGGCCUGAUGGAAUAUCGAGCCAGCCUUCUGGCUGGUCAUGGCUUUGCCACCUUGGCUCUAGCUUAUUAUAACUUUGAGGAUCUCCCCGAGGAAAUUGACAGCAUACACCUGGACUACUUUGAAGAAGCCCUGUGCUACAUGCUACAACACUCCAAGGUAAAGGGCCCAGGCAUUGGGCUUCUGGGCAUUUCUUUAGGGGCUGAUAUUUGUCUUUCCAUGGCCUCAUUUUUGAAGAACGUCUCAGCCACAGUUUCCAUCAAUGGAUCUGGGUUCAGUGGAAACACAGCCAUACACUACAAGCAGACUUGCAUCCCAUCAUUGGGCUAUGAUUUUAGGAGAAUCAAGGUAGCUUUCUCAGGUCUCCUGGACAUUGUGGAUAUUUUGAAUGAUAUUGUAGGAGGGCAUGAGAACCCCAGCAUGAUUCCAAUAGAGAAGGCCCAGGGGCCCAUCCUCUUCAUCGUUGGUCAGGAUGACCAUAACUGGAGGAGUGAGUUAUAUGCCCAAAUAGCCUCCGAACGGUUACAGGCCCAUGGAAAGGAAAAACCCCAGAUCAUCUCUUAUCCUGGGACUGGGCAUUAUAUCGAGCCUCCUUACUUCCCCCUAUGCCCAGCUUCUGUGCACAAAUUUGUGAACAAAUCUGUAAUCUGGGGUGGGCAGCCCAGGGCUCAUUCUAAGGCUCAGGAAGAUGCUUGGAAACAAAUUCUAACCUUUUUCUGCAAACAUCUUGGAGGUACCCAGAAUAUAGCUUCCCCUAAAUUGUAAUGUGUUGGUCUGUUAUUGACAUGAGAAAUUCGAGGUCAGAUUCUGGUAUUUAAUAAUCAUGUGAAUCAGUUGUCCCCUGGAUAAUGUUAAAUUCAUGUCAUGGAUAUUAAUGAUAUAUUUUAGGUAACAUUUUUAAUACAUUAUGUUUUCAUUAAUUUACUAAUGUAACACAUGUCUAUUGUAGAAGAUUCAAUUAGAGGUAUACAACACAAAAAGUAAAAAGCAUCCCCUCUAUUAAAAUUUGUAUUUUCUUCUA